GAGGUUCCUGUUGCUUGGUACCAACCUUAAUAUCUCGGCACCUGCCCAUUCGUAUGGACGCAAUUCGCACGCUUCGGGUUUGGGCAACUUUCCGCCGCUUCGCUCGACUGCCUCCUUUGGGAAUCUCUUCUGUUGUGUUGCGUGCGCGCCGCGGGGAACAGGGCCAAAGCAGUCGAGAAAAGGGAGCAUAGCCCGGAUGGCUUCAUCCAUUCCUCUGUUUCUAAUCCGCAAUUCCCAAUCCUUCCCCUCUCCCACUUGGUCCGACUGUCUGACGCCGUGAGGUGGUAGUAUCUGGCUGUCUGGCAGUAUCCAGGCCUAGGUAACCAGUCAAGCCAGUGUGCGCAGUGCCGGUUUUGCCAGUACAGUACAGCUAUACUACUCCUACCACUACCAAACACAUCCGAGUCGACUUUAUCCCACCAGCAGUCCGCCCUUGGGUCUUUUUCUUCGCACCGACCCGACGCUUUGCAUACCUUACAUAUCUCUUUUGCAUGCCUUCUUGCCCCCCCUUCGAAUUGCUGUUUAACUGUCCCCCCCACUCGUGGCCCACUCGUGGCCCAAUCGUUAAUUCAUCGGCCCUUGUAGUCCCAAUCCUCCAAUUAGUUCCAUCUCUCCCUUCAGCGGGUGUCUCUCUGUCCGGGUCGCCAGUAGCAGCAGCAGCAGCAGCAGCAGCCCGUCGGCCGCUGUCUCACAGACACCGACACACCUCCGGGUCCCUAGGUUAUCCCGGGGAAUCGGGUCGCUGCCCCGACCUACCACACACGGGCAAUACAUGCCUUUUGUUAACAAAACACCUGGCAUCCAUCCCAUUCGCCCGCCGUCUCCAUCAUCCACUUGUCUGCAUUGCUCGGCAGCACGACCAAGGUGGUUCCAGUUCCGCACUCUUGGGUCAAGCGUCUUGGGGCCGCUAAAUUUCACACUGCCCCGCUAGCACCGGACACCAAUCCAAGCCUUCCCUAGCGCUGGCGUCUUCUCACUUCCCGGUGAUCAGCCAACGCUCCGCUUGCGAAAUAAAGCUGAUCCGGGUCUGGGGAAAGAGAGCCGAGAAUGCGCUGGAACUACUAGCAGCUACAGUACACUAGACUACACUACUAGUAAGGAACGCUUCCAUCCUCGUCCAGUCGCCCAGCAUUGGAUCCCCUCGCUGCCCGGCUCAUUGAUGGCUGUGGAGUCAGGGCCUCCUUACUAGAGGAUUGCCAUCCCCAACCCUUCCAUCUUGGGUGUCCACCAUCUGGUCUCCAUCCAAGCUCCAUCUUUGUUUCUCUUUCCAACAAAACCAACCGACUCCCUCCCGUCCCUCUCGACCCUAGUCCCCUGGCAUCAAUCAGCCUUACAAGUAUCAUCCUCACACGCUUCAACAAGCUUCCCGCCGAGAGCCUGCUGCCUCACUCCACAAUGGAGGCCCUCAACAUGCUCGACUUUAGGUAUUGCGGCCUUGUCCUUCGCCACAGCCUCGACCUCUUCUACGACGCCUACGACGGUGAGCCGAGUCUGUUCGACGAGUUCAACCCCACCGAGCAUGACGAUGAAAGUGUCACACAAAACUUCUCCUCCAUCUGGAUACAACGACCGCUAUCCGAUUCGACGCCGCCAUUAAGCCCUGCUGUUUCACGAGAACCAUUUCAGUUCCACGGCAUCUGUCACAGCAAUGAUUCCUCCGAUUCCAGGGCGCCUCUUUCCGGAGAACUUCUAUGGAGCCUGGGCUCGCUUUCUGUUUUGGAUGCAUUUGUGAAGACGCCGGAGCGGUACGAACAUGUCGCAGUUCCGCUGAGUUCCGAUCUGUACAUGGUGCGGGAGGAAGCAUAUGUCGACUACAUUCCAUGUCCAGGUUCUGGUCCAGGUUCGCCCGCCCUCAGCGUUUUGUCCGAAGCAGCCCUACCCGAAAUUGUCGAUGAGUUCCCCAAAAUCGACGACAGCCGACCAGUGGUGACCGAAAUUGAACCGGUUACGGAGGAGGAGACGAGCAAGGUUGAAAUGGAAAUGCCAAAGGUCGAACCACCCAAGAUUGGAGAGCGAUCCAUGUCUCUAUCCAGUCAACCCGUUCAACCCAGCCAGACGCGCAAUUGGCUUGCAACUGUUCUCGAGAAGAGACAAGCGACCCCCGAGAACGACAGUGCACCCGUGCUCACCAAGGUACAAGCCGCGUUUGAUGAGGAGCAAUUAAAGAAGACUGUGAGGGAACAUCGUCGUCACCAGGAGCUCACCAAGCCGCGUCUCAACAAGCGCACCCGUGUGCGUUCCAGUGUACCGCCGCAAAGUCGCAAGAAGGCAAAGCAUAUGUCCGGGCACCCAUCGCCAUCACCCUCACCUGCACCAGAAUUUUCGCCAUAUCCACAAUAUUCGCUGCAUCAAGUCUGGACUGGUUGAUGGGAAGGAAAUUGACGGCGAAAACCACCACCACCACUACCGAGAAAGUGAGCAAGGGGAGAAAGUAACAACUGGGAAACUGGAUCGAGUGUUGCCGUUACUCCCCGUCUUCGACUCACGCCUGCACUUUGAAACGCGAUAUGGCGGAAUUGGAUACCGAGGUUCAUCGAACCCCAGCACCAGCUCUCCUCUGGAUCGUCGUCUCAAUUAUCGGCAGCUCAUAACGAAACCCGACAUGAACAUUCAACCUGCAGCCUCACAAUCAUUCGACUAGGCAGUCGAACGAACGACAGGAACUAUUCACGCACUUCGGCCGUCAUUGGCCACCAAACAAACAUUGCCCCCCAAUACACGGGAACGGGGUUUUGGGAACUUUCCGUCUGUUCGGAUCCGUACAAAGCGAUGACCGACACGACAGUUUUCAUGCCACAUUAUUAAGCAGUUGGCAUCAAGCAAACUCGUACGAUCACUCAUACAACCCACUUUUUGUAUACAACACCGACUCGUUUUACAGUUGACUUCUUUUUUUUGUUUCUGUUUUAUCACAACGGAUACCCCCUUUUUCUCGCAUUUUUGUAUGAUUCUAGUUUAGCGAGAAACAAUUACUGUGUUAUAUCUUGAAAUCGCUCGUUUACCCACUCACUCACUAAAUCGCUGGCUCGCUUGUACGCAUGCAUGCUAGCUAGCCGCGCGCUCAUUUCUCGUCGUUGUCAUCAUCAUCAUCAUCAUCAUCAUCAUCAUCGUCAUCAUCAUUAUCAUCCACAACACAUCCUCUUUCUCCUACAGUUACUCAAUAACAACAUACUGUCUAGAUGGGGCAAUUCUUUGAAAGUAUACGGUUAAUCAAAGAAGUUUAGCAUUAGCAACAUCCAUCGUCUUGAAAAAUCCAAAAAAAAAAACGCAAAAACCCUGACG